AUGGCCUCCGCUUCCUUCCGCGACUCGAUGAACUCGCUCGGCUGGAGCAGAAGAGAGGUAGACGCGCCCGUCAACACCGCGCCGCCUUCAUUGCUCGGCCGCAUACAGAACCUGAAUCCCUUCGGCGAGGGUGGCUAUGUUAGACUCCCCAUCACAGAGACCAACCCCGGUGCCCCUCUUCCAGCGCCCUCCCGGAGAGAGGAGGAAGAGGGGUGGUUUGCCCCUUGGGGUGUCCUGAUGGGCCCUAUCCAAUACUUUCAUCACCUCAUCUCUGGUCCAAGGCUUCCGUUCACGGCCGCUUAUUUUGGGAGCAUUGCUCUUACACUAUUCUUUUCCCUAGGUACGGAUCUCCCCGACAACGAAGACACCGAGUCAAACUUCCUCCCCGCGAACAAACGUGUUCAUGUCUCUCCUACACAGCUUGCGUGGCUUCCAUUCGAUACUCCUACGGAUGGUGAUGUUGACUUCAUCUCCGGCCUCAAGAGCAUUGCAGGCUCUGGGGACCCAACACUUCGUGAAGGCUUAGCUGUGCACACGUAUCUUUGCAAUGCGAGCAUGAACAAGCGUGCUGCAGUAAACUCGGAUGGCGAUUUCUUGAUCGUACCUCAGCAGGGAGCGCUGGAUAUCUUGACUGAGUUCGGACCGAUGUACGUGCAGCCAGGCGAGAUCUGCGUGAUCCAACGAGGACAGCGAUUCAGAGUCAAAGUUGAGGGACCGACACGCGGCUACAUUCUAGAAAUCUGGGGCUCGCAGUUCCAACUUCCCGAACUUGGUCCCCUCGGCGCGAACGGACUUGCCAACGCUCGAGACUUUCUGCACCCUGUCGCAAAGUACGAGAUCGAACAGGAGUCAUGGGAAAUCGUGUACAAGCUAGCCGGCAAGUUUUUUGUUAGCAAGCAAGAACAUUCGCCCUUCGAUGUCGUUGCAUGGCAUGGAAACUAUGUGCCGUAUAAGUACGAUCUGACCAAGUUCGUCAAUGUUGGUUCGAUCUCGGUUGAUCAUAUCGAUCCGUCUAUUUUCUGCGUCAUCACCGCACCUUCGCGCGAUCCCGCAGCACCACUCGCAGAUUUCCUGAUCUUCAGCCCGCGCUGGGAUGUGGCAUCACACACCUACCGACCGCCAUACUACCACCGCAACGGAGCCUCGGAGCUCAUGGGUUUGAUCUAUGGCGAGUACGCAGGGCGUUCAGAUGAGUUCCAACCUGGAGGCAUCAGCUUCGAGUGCGGCUUCGUACCGCAUGGCGUUGCGUACGAAGAAUUCAAAGCAGCCAGCGCAGCUCCACCUCCAGAGAUGCAGAUUUCCAAGGGCGCCAUUGCGUUUAUGAUGGAGAGCUCGAGAAUGUUUACCAUCACCGACUGGGCGUGGAAUAGCAAGAAGAAGCAUGAGCAUGACCCGAAGAUGUGGGAUAACCUCGUAGACAACUUCUCCAAGCACAAGGAUGAAGUAGAGAAGAUUUUGGCGGAAGGCGUGAAGAAGCUGUGA